CGAAAAACCAAAUCAGUUAAGUUUACCGGGUCAUGCAAUUAGUCGCUUGUCGGCAUGGUGAUUGGUUGAGCAGAAAUAUGGUUCGGGUGUUACAAAUAAGAACUGUAUAUAUAUCAAGAACUCUUACUAUUUUGCCAGUUUUGAAUAAAUCAUGAGCUGGCAUACAUUCUUCACACAUUUAAACAUCGUAACCUUAGUCUUUAUUCUGUUCGAGAUGCAUACAUUUGAGGCAGCACCCGUUGGUCAAAAUUAUAUUAUUAUUGUUGAUGCUGGCAGCAGUGGUUCGAGAAUGUUCGUGUACACAUGGCAAAUAAAAGCAGAAUCCCUGAGUGGUUUAGAAGAUGUGGAGAUUUUGAAAGAUGUAUUAGGAAACCCUGUAGUAAAAAAGAAAAGCCCUGGUCUUUCAAGCUUUGCCGACAAGUUAUCUGACAUUCGUGAUUAUAUAUCUGCAUUGUUGGAUUAUGCUGAGUCACAUAUCCCUAGGAGUAGCCAACCUAAUACCCCGUUAUUCAUUAUGGCCACGGCAGGAAUGAGGCUUCUUACACAAACGAAUCAAGAUGCGAUUUGGAGGAAUGUUCGAAGUCAUGUAAAAUCCACGUAUAAAUUCCAGUUUGAAGAAACUUAUGCAUACACAAUAUCUGGUGUAGAAGAAGGUUUGUUUGGGUGGAUCGCUGUAAAUUACUUGCUUGGGAGGUUUCGUUUACUCCCUGGGGAUGAAGGGCCUGUUAGACAACCUACUAAUGGCAUGCUUGAUAUGGGUGGAGCAAGUAUGCAAAUCGCUUAUGAAGUACAAUCGACAGAUAAUCUACCAAACAGCUUAGUAUCAGAAUUUUCCGUAACAAGAAAUUGGUUUUCUACAAAUCAACGAUACAAACUCUACGUUAAAAGUUACUUGGGAUAUGGAAUGAAUUCAUUUCGAAAAAGGUAUGAAGAAUACCUCUUCCAGAUGUAUGGGACAAAUAGCAGUAGCAAACAAAAAGCAUCCAGAAUUGAGGAUCCUUGCUUACUCGAAGGUUUCAAUGUGACAAGUGAACUUACUCCUCGUCCGGUUAUUGGUGAGAAGCUUGAUUCAGCGAGUGACAAAAUUUCUGUUCAGUAUACAAAUUCUAAGUUUUUUUUUACUGCUAUCGUUUAUUUCAAGACAUCACAUGAUGAUUUAAUAAAAAAUUCUGUAUGUACUAAAGAAUGUUUCACUGAUGAAUUCUUCGUAAACAAUCUUAAAACUAUAUUAAUCAUAAAUAUGUUGAUAAGAUUUAAUUCAUUUGUAGGCUUUAAAAAAUUAAUAUGCUUUAAAGCUUCAUAUUUAGUUAGUGCAUUUCAUAAAGGCUUGCACUUUCCAACCAAUUAUGAAGGCCUUAUUCCCACUCUUGAAAUUAAUAAAACCGAAUUACAAUGGAGUUUAGGAGCUUUAUUAUAUAAAUUAAAAGCAACUACAAUAGACGAAGAACAAAAGAGGGAAACUAUUCUGUUGUCAGUGGUUAUUUUUUGCAUUGUAAUCGUUUUAAUAUUAAUAGCUAUUAUACUCUAUUUUACAAUACUCAAAUGUUUACGCACAAGUAAACAAGAACAAAAUGGUUCAAUUACAACUGAUAUGAACAAUAUAGAAUCGAAUGUAAAAAGUAACAAUGAUACGUUAAAUCAAUUAAAUGAUAAAAUGCCAUGA